AUUCUGUAUUGCAGGUCAGUGAAUUCACGAUUGUAAAGGCAUGAUAAUUCCUUAUAAUCGCAGUUUCCAAAUGGCCACUUUCUUCCUGACAGGCUUUCGAGGUCUGGAAGAUCUCCAUGACUGGAUCUCUGUUCCCUUCUGCUUGAUCUACUUCACAGUUAUCUUGGGGAACCUUACCAUUCUCCACAUCAUCCGCACUGAUACGACCCUCCAUGAACCCAUGUACUAUUUCUUGGCCAUGCUGGCCCUCACAGACUUGGGCCUUUGUCUGUCUACCCUGCCCACUGUGCUUGGCAUCUUCUUGUUUGAUGCCAGAGAGAUUGGCAUCCCUGCUUGCUUCACUCAGCUCUUCUUCAUCCACACCUUGUCUCUGAUGGAGUCGUCAGUUCUUUUGUCCAUGUCCAUUGACCGCUAUAUGGCCAUUUGCAACCCACUGCGUUACUCCGCCAUCCUGACACCAGCACGUAUCGUCAAGAUGGGGCUGAGCUCAGUGCUAAGAAGUGUCCUUCUCAUCUUUCCCCUGCCGUUCCUCCUUAAGCGUUUACAGUACUGCCACUCCCACGUACUGUCACAUGCCUACUGUCUGCACUUAGAGAUCAUGAAACUGGCCUGCUCUAGCAUCGCUGUCAAUCACAUCUACGGGCUCUUUGUUGUGGCCUGCACGGUGGGUGUGGACUCCCUGCUCAUCUUUCUCUCCUAUGCCCUCAUCCUCCGCACUGUGCUGAGCAUCGCCUCUCGCCAGGAGCGACUCCGAGCCCUCAACACCUGCGUUUCCCAUAUCAGUGCUGUGCUGCUCUUCUACAUCCCCAUGAUCGGCUUGUCUCUUGUGCAUCGCUUUGGGCAGCAUCUUCCCCGCAUUAUACACCUUCUCAUGUCCUACGUGUAUCUGUUGAUACCACCUCUCAUGAACCCCAUUGUCUACAGCAUCAAGACCAAGCAAAUCCGCCAGCGCCUCAUUAAGAAGUUUGAGUUUGUAAAGUCGCUUAGGGGUUUUCAGAAAUGUUAGCUUAGAGAGAAAAGAGGGAGGUUUGGGCAUGUGGUCCACAGUUCUUUUUUGU